GAGUUGUCAUACAGCACAUGCAAUUGUUUUUGGUUUUUUGUUUUGUUUUUUCUUGUUUUUUUUUUGUUUUUUUUUGCUCUUGCAACGACGAAAACGGCUACGUGUAAUUUAUUCCACAAAUCUACUAUAAGUGCAUUACGCGAAAAAGAGAUAGACUAAUGUUUCGUUUCACACUAGGCAGUGCAGACUAGCAACGGAAGUCGUUUAGUUCCCUAACUGACUGUCUUGUCUUUCUUGCCAUCGACUGAUAUCGCCGUCCAACGAUGCCGGUUGACUUUACAAAGGGAUGGAUGUACAUGCUCGACAACAACGAAGAAUGGAGGAAGUUCUGGUUCGUGCUGGAUGGCUUUGGACUCAAAUAUUAUACCCACCCUGAAGAUUCAGAGAGGGAUGUGCCAGACGGACUGAUUGAUGUUCGGCACAGUGUGAGAGUUGUGGAGUUUGAUGCUGACAAAAACUACGGUCUACAGAUACACAUGCGAGAUGGUGCGGUCACCCUGGCAGCCAUGACUUCACGCGUCAGGAGGAACUGGAUCGACAUCCUGCGGAGACACAUCCGCCCCGCUGAUUCGUCCACUGUCACACAACUCCCUGACGGUGGCAGUGGAAGUGAAAAGGAAAACUCACUUUCCCAGAAUGCAUCACCCAGAUUUCCCCCCUCAUAUCCAGAUCACCAUGAUUCAGGGUCAGAGGUCACCAGCCCAUGCCAGGAUGAGCUGGACACGAUGUCAUUACCAUUAACCAAUCAGCGGGAGGCCGGAGUAGGGAGGGACAAGGAUUAUGAAAGGAGACUGGAGGACCGAACGAAGUGGUUCCAGGAAGGAGGCUCAGAUAGAGAUGGCGAGAGCCCAUGGGACAAAGUACAACUGAAAAGGGGUAUGGUGGCCUCAGUGGUUCAUAUUAUGCCACAGAUCCCUGAAACUCUCAUAGGCAGUGAUAUUGAAAAGAAGUGGGAGGAUUUUGAGAAGAUUCCUUUUGGGGAGAUAAAGCUGAUUGGCUCACAGGCUCAAGAAGCAGCCAAUGAGGCGUUACAGAGAGAGGUUAUGUCUCUGAGGCAGCAAAUUGAGUCCCUGCGUAAAGGGCAGGUGGCCACCGGCUUCCCCUGCGGGCCGGACGCCCCCUGCGCCGCCCGGCUGGAGCAGAUGGAGAGAGAGCACAGGGACAAACUGCAGGAGCUGGAGAGAGAGCACGAGAGAGAGAGGAGAGAGAUGGAGAAACAGAGAGAGCAGCUACUGACGGACGAGGCGCAGAACACCAUGCAAGUCAUGGAGGCUCUAAAGAAGGCCCAUCAUGAAGAGAUGGAGAGAGUGAGAGGGGGAGAACGAACAGACUCAGCCUCACUGCUGCCAGAGUCCGUGUGUCUGCAGCAGGAGUUAGACGGGCUCUCCGAGCGUUACUCUCAGAAGUGUGUGGAGCUGAGUCAUGUGCAGAAUGUCACAGGCCACAGGCAGGCGCUGAUACAGGAGAUGGAGCGAGAGGUGGAGGAACUCCGGAAAGAGAACCGGGAACUUCAAGGGCGUCUGACUGAGGAGAUAAGCCUGUUGCGAUCCUUCAUCACAGGUCAAAGUGCAGGAGUGGUCUCUCUUGGCAACUGUGAGCGGAGCUCCUCAGAGUUAGAGAUACUGCUGAGAGCAAAGGAGAAUGAGAUUGAGUACUUACACAAGGAGAUGAGCUGCCUCAGGAAUGAAAUCCAGUCUCUAACAAAGGAGAAGAAGGAACUGAGUAAGCGCUACAAGGAGGUGUACGUGGAGCUCAGCACUUUAAAAGGGCUCAGUGAGAGAGAGGUCACCACUCUGAAAGAACACCUCAGACUGACCAGUGCUGCACGGGAGGAGGAGCAUUCCCUAGGCAACACCAAUCACGAUUAAGCCUUUGACAGAGGAGUGUUGCUUCCAUCAGCUUCUGACAUGAACUGACCUCCGCUUCCUUGUGUGGGUUUCUACAGUAUUGGAUGGCUAAUUAUAUAUAAUUAUAUUAUUAUUAUUAUUAUUAUAUAAUUAUAAGCUACUUUUGCAGACUAAAAAAAGAAAAUUUUUCUCAUGCAUCAUUCUUUGAAACCUGUGGUACUUCUGGACAUCGUUUGCCUUGUUAUAUAUUUAAA